AUGUCGCCACCACCUUUCAAAUACCAACAGCCCAAGCACAAGCUCACCCUUAUCCCGGGUCCAAUUGAGUUCAGCAACGAUGUCUUGGCAUCGAUGGCUACUCCCUCGCAGGCUCACACUUCCCCAGAGUUCAUUGCCACUUUCCAAUACGUGCUCAAGAGGUUGCGUAAAUUGUUCAAGUCCAGCGAUCCAAACUCUCAGGGUUACGUGUUGAGUGGAUCGGGCACUUUGGGGUGGGAUGUCGCUGCCGCCAACUUGUUGGUGCCAGGUGACAAGGUGUUGGUUUUGUCGACUGGUUUCUUUAGCGACUCGUUUGCCGAGGCUUUGAAAGUUUACGGUAUCGAAGUUGAUGUCAUCACGGCAAAAGUUGGCGAUGUUGUGCCUUUAGACCAGGUCAAGGACGCGUUGCAAAAGACCAAGUAUGCCGCAAUCACGAUCACCCACGUUGACACCUCGACUUCUGUUGUAAGUGACGUUGAAGGCGUCAGCAAGAUUGUCAAAGAGGUGAGCCCAAACACCUUGAUUAUUGUCGAUGGUGUCUGCUCCAUUGGUGUCGAGAAUUUGGAGUUUGACAAGUGGGGCAUUGAUUUCGCAUUGACCGCUUCUCAAAAGGCCAUUGGUGUGCCUGCUGGUUUGUCGAUUUUCUACAUUAGUGAACGGGCAUUGGCCAAGGCGUUGAACAGGGAAAAGGAAACGACAUUCUUUGCUUCGUUAAAGAGAUGGACCCCAAUUAUGAAAUCAUACGAAGCUGCCAAGCCAGCAUAUUUUGCCACGCCAGCUGUGCAAACCAUCACCGCAUUGAGCACUUCGCUCGAUGAGAUUUUCUCCGAGUCCCUCGACGAGAGGUUUGCUAAGCAGGCUCAAGUUUCCGACAAGUUUAAGAAGACAUGUAAAGAUUUAGGCUUGACCAUCUUGCCUGUUGACGAUAAAGUUGCUGCUCAUGGUUUGACUGCCGUGUACUUCCCCGAGGGUGUCGAUGGCCCAGCUUUAUUGAAGAAAUUGAGCGAAAAGGGUUUUGUUGUUGCCGGUGGAAUCCACAAGGCAUUGCCAGGCAAGUAUUUCAGAGUUGGCCACAUGGGCUACUCAUCCUAUGCUGGCCACCUUGACGCCUUUGCAAAAGCCUUGGAAGAGUCGUUGAAGGAAUUGAAGCAGUAA